UGGCGUCGAGUUUGUUCUAAAAAUCAAUUUUAAGCCUCUCUAAAAUAUUGUGCACGAAAUAUUCCGUAAGAAAAUUCGGUGACUAAUAAUAUUUUGGCGUUUGUGUAGUCGUGGCGCGCUGUAUUUUCAAGUUUUUCACGUUGGUGUAUUAGUGGCGUAAUUACAACACUUACCUUGAAGCACACAAAACACAAGGUGUUUCAAGGUGUGUCGUUCUAGUUUAAAUCGGGAUAUCCUGCGGAAAACGCGCGCGCGCCUGCGAAUUUUCAACUCUCGCGUGUUAGAAGAGCGUGUGUGUGUAGGCUUUCCACAACACCCGCCGGUUUUCCACGCUGCGCUGUGGCGCAUUUAUUAUUAGACGUUUUCGCCGCUUGGCGGUUGCCAAAAAAAUAAACGAACGCGUUCGCCGUUGGAAAACCUGUGGAAAGUUGCGCAUUCGUCAUAAUUCUGUCGGCUUGUGCAAAGUGCAUCCAAGUUGAUAAACAACAUAAUAUAUAAUAAAUAUUUUGUGAGGUCGCGGUGAUUUGACGAAGUUGCAAGUGCAGAAUGAGUUUGAAAAUGCGCUCGCGUACACGCACCCCCAGUCCGAAGACGGUCACCUUUGAUCUGUCACCACCUGCUACUCUGGAUGAGAAAUUCAGGAAGAAACAGGAGUGGGAUCGUUAUUUUAAUGCACUGCUUGCCGAUCUGCAGAACACUGUGCAACCCGCUGGAAGUGGUCACGCCCAUACGGGUAGCUCUCCGGGGUAUGGAUCGGUGAAAGCGAAGCAUUCGCCUGUCACCACGGAAAUUCCCAUGACGCGAUCGGAUUCGUAUUCAUCACGAUCUGGUAAUUAUGGACGUACGCAACCACCUACUUCAGGUGGGCGUAGUCCGGUGGUGCCAGCGAAGCCGAAACAGUUCAACAACAAUCUCUCCGAGCUGGAGAACCUCCUGCAGGACCUCAGCACGACCAACGAACUUAAUGGCUCGACGACGACGAGCAUGUAUGGGAAUACGUCUGGCGGAAGCAAUGGUGCUAACGGAAGUACUUAUUACAACUCCGGGGCGAAUUCGCCGGCGGCGUAUUAUGGCAGCAGACCAGGCUCUCAGGCGACUAACCGCCCCACGGUUGAUAGCCUCCUGGAGGAACUUAAUGGAGGGGAAGUCAUCUACAGUGGUCCGAAACGUGUGACCAUCACGGUGAAGGAGACAAAGACCGAAACGGAUUUCCCAAGCGAAUCGGAGCUGAUUCAGCAGACUUACACGCAAUCGAAGGCGCCGGCCGCCUCCACCGCCACCAAGGAGCUGGAUGACUUGAUGGACUCGCUCUCUGAGAUUAAAGUGAGCAAGCAAACCGUCAGCGAGUCAGCAUACGCACGUCCUGAGAAGGCGGCCAACAAGCAGAAUUUGGAUCAUAUGCUAGGAAACCUACAGGCAGACAUGUCACGCCAGGGAGUUAACACAAGCCAGAAGGGAUGCUGCAACGCGUGCGAGAAGCCGAUCGUCGGACAGGUUAUUACCGCAUUGGGCAAGACCUGGCAUCCGGAGCAUUUCACGUGUGCGCACUGCACACAGGAGUUGGGCACGCGUAACUUCUUCGAACGCGAUGGAAAGCCUUACUGCGAGACGGACUACCACAAUCUCUUUUCGCCACGCUGUGCCUACUGCAAUGGGCCUAUCUUGGAUAAAUGUGUAACUGCACUUGAGAAGACCUGGCACAUGGAGCACUUCUUCUGCGCGCAAUGCGGCAAGCAGUUUGGCGAUGAGGGUUUCCACGAGCGCGAAGGAAAGCCGUACUGUCGCGAUGACUACUUCGACAUGUUCGCACCAAAGUGCGGCGCUUGCAAUGGCGCCAUCAUGGAGAACUACAUCUCAGCGUUGAAUGCGCAAUGGCAUCCCGAUUGCUUCGUCUGCAGGGAUUGUAGGCAGCCAUUUGUAGGUGGCUCAUUCUUUGAUCAUGAAGGUCAGCCAUAUUGCGAGACUCACUACCAUCAAAAACGAGGUUCCCUUUGUGCUGGUUGUCAUAAACCGAUCGGCGGACGAUGCAUCACGGCCAUGUUCCGCAAAUUCCAUCCGGAGCACUUUGUCUGCGCCUUCUGUCUCAAGCAGCUCAACAAGGGCACCUUUAAGGAGCAGACGGACAAGCCAUACUGUCACAACUGCUUCGACAAGCUUUUUGGUUAAAAAUCAAAUCAUACGGACGGCAGAGAAAUGCAACGCACUUUUGACUUAUUAAUUACUACCAACCUACUACCCCCCAAAACAAAUUAAUCUAUUAUUAUCAAAAUGGCAAACGGUGGCCAUUUUGAAAUCAUAUGUGGGAACAUAUACGACAAAUAUUGAAUAACUCGUAGAAGUAUUUUAAACUCGUUGAUUUCAAACAGUUGCAAGUUUUGUUGAUGCGCAAACAAAUGAAUUGCUCGUUUGGAAUCAGCGUUUUGUAACGUUGUGCUUAAUUUUUGAGUUGUAGUUCGACACUAUCAUAGAUAUGUAGUGUCGGAACUUUUGCACAAGUAUCUGAAGAGUAACCCCUGAGCAGAGACAUACGACUUAACGAGUAUAUUUAAGCCAAACUACUAACAUUCGUACAUGUAUUAGAUAUGUGAGAACAAUAUUUACGUUUAUAUUAGGUGGUGAUAUAACUGCGUGUCAUUGUUGUAAAAAAAUAUAUGUAAUUCGUUUUAACAAAAGAA